GCAAUUCAUACACUAGCUCUUAUCUGCCUUGAAUAUUGCCAGUCGCGGGAAUUCACACAACAACAUCGAUCAGCGGGUGAUCAGACCAGUUGCGUCCAAAUUCUUGCGUCGUAUAGUUUGGAAAGACAAUGCAGGCAAGCAAAUGUUGCUGAAACUAACCUUCGUGAGUUUUGUGUUGUUUUGGGGCUGUUCAAAUGCUUUGUAUUUGAGGUUAGCCUUGAAUGACAGCUGCGUCACUCCGGCGGGACAUCACGGACGCUGCCUGCCAGUGAAAGAUUGCCAAUAUAUCCGUGAUGUGAUUCACAAACCGGGAUUCACCAAAGAAGAUCAGCAUUAUUUGGAUCAGUUUCGCUGUGGGAAGCUGUCGGGAUCGCGGAAAUUGUUGACCUGCUGUCCCGAGUUCCAAAGUGUUGACGGAUGUGGUCGGUUGACGUUGAGGAAUAACAUCAUCGGUGGACAGGAGACGGAACCUGACGAGUUUCCCUGGACGGCCAUGCUGGUUUACGCCAUGGGUGAUCGUCGGUUUUAUCGUUGUGGUGGAGCUUUGAUCAACUAUCGAUACGUACUGACUGCAGCCCAUUGCGUGGAUAGUUUGGGUCGGAUGCAGCUGGAAGCUGUUCGCUUAGGUGAGUGGGAUCUAAGCACAGUGUAUGAUUGCAAGGAGGAGGAAUUCGGCAGAAUGCGUUGUAACAAGUUUUCCCAUCGGGACUUUGCAAUUGAAAAAGUUGUUAUCCACGAAGAAUAUUCUAGCAAAAAUUUGAACAAGGAGCACGACAUUGCACUGUUGAAGCUAGCUAAGUCAGCACCCCGUACAGAUUCCAUACUGCCAAUAUGUUUACCAACUGCGGAAAUGGUUAGUCAAAUGAAAAUUGAAGAUGAAUUGUUUGAUGUAGCUGGCUGGGGGGCUGUAGGAUCGGAAGCGCCACGAAGCGAUCGUAAAAGAAGGGUCACGCUUCCCGGACAGAAUCUGUCCAUGUGCCAGAUUGCGUACUCAGAGGCCAACGUGAGCUUCACGGAGAAUCAGCUAUGCGUUGGUGGAACGGUUGGCAAGGACAGUUGCAGGGGAGACUCGGGAGGUCCGCUAAUGAUAAUCAUCGACAAUCGUUGGCAUUUGGCCGGAUUGGUUAGUUUGGGUGCCGUCAAAUGUGGUAUAAAGGGUGUUCCUGGGAUCUACACUAGACUCGGUAGCUAUUUACCUUGGGUGGCCGCUAAGAUGGAGGAAGCGGAUAGGAUUGCCGUUGAACCGGUGUGACAAAAAUAAAGUUCAAAUAUAUUUUAAUUUUAAUUUCUUCGAUUAAUUAUAUGGAUGUAUUGGUUAUUUAAAACAAUUAUCUAACCAGCCGUCAUGGACCCACGAUACGGAAUAACAUGCGUGAGCCUUUCUUUCCACCAAGGAUUCACAACCAACCUUUAACGGGUUGAUGGUGACAUCCACCACCCAUAAACAACGUUUACAACAACCGAACCGGAGGGAGGCAAAUUUUCCGCUUAGUUGCCGUCGUUUCAACCGUGGCACUAUGACCAAUGAAGUGCCGUGUAAUGAAUUACCUUCCGGAAUAAAUCAUAAAUAAUUAUAGAGUUCGGAGCGACGAUCCGGAAAACGAUACCCUUCACUAGUAUAACAGUGUAGUGGCGUCAUAAGGAUUGAAUAUCGUGAAUAUAAGCCUUCUUCAACCCAUGGAAGGGAUA